CAGCUGAAUAUAAUGCCUGUAUUGCAUCAUGACACUGCUGCCUUCUUAACCAGGUCUCUCUUGAAAAGAACUUUAAAGACAUUGUUCCAAGUAACAAAAAAAAAGAGCAACCAGAACCAUGAUACACACAUCAGAUGCCUCAUUUAUUUAUUUAUUUAUUUAUCUGUUAGACAUUUUUUUUUCUGCAAGCACAAGUUUGGAUCAUGUGAAAGGGAAGAAACUCUCCAGGGAAUCAAUGCGAUUUUCUUUUUCUUUUUCUUUCUAGCAGGAAUCCCCACUUAACUGUUAUCACUGUUCUUGUCUUUUACUGUUUCUCAGAGGAGACGGGGAGAGAGAGAUCAAGUAGCCCACACACUGUGCAGUGUGUGCGGAGCGGUGAUGCCUCGAGAGCGCAUCACAGGACGACAAAACCCCACCGCAAGACGCAGUGCCAGAAUAGAGCAGCUUUGGCAGGAGAGCUGCUUUCGUGUAGUUUAUAGGGCAAAAAAAUAAAGAGGAGGGGGGGAGAUCGUCCCUACGAAUCCCCGGACAUACUUGUUAUCAUGCCGGAAUUCUCCUGAUCAUCUUUGCUGGCUCGCGUACAGAGACAAUGUAGUGGAGAGACAGAGGGGGGAUCUCCACCGGUGGAGAGAUCUGGGGAUGCAUGGACACGGUUAUGGGUGAUUAAUGCCAUUUUGCAGCUGCAAUACAAGACUGGAUAUGCACACAAAAAGUGGGGAUAAGUGAGUUUCGGGGCCCACAGGAUGGACACUGCGGAGGUAAUUCUCUCUGUGUUGGUGGUUGUGAUUAUUAUAGUGUCGUUGCUGUCCAACAUCCUGGUGCUGAUCUGCUUUCUGUACAAUCCGGAGAUCCGCAAGCAGGUCCCAGGUCUGUUCAACCUCAACCUCACCUUCUGCAACUUGUUGCUGACCGUAUCCAACAUGCCGCUCACUUUGGUGGGACUUGUCAGCAAGGCUCAGCCCGGAGGAGACGGUUUCUGUCAGAUCGUUGGCUUCUUGGAGACAUUCCUGUCCACCAACUCGAUGCUGAGCAUGGCGGCGCUGAGCAUCGACAGGUGGAUCGCGGUGGUGUUCCCCCUGAGGUACCACUCCAAAAUGCGCCAUAAAGACGCCGCUUUUGUGCUCGGCUACACGUGGGCGCACUCCAUGUCCUUCUCCACGGUGGCCACCAGCCUCUCCUGGGUGGGAUAUCACCGGCUUUACGCGUCCUGCACCCUGUCCAACCCGAGGGCGAGCAGUCGGACCCAGUUUGUUAUCUUCACCGUCUUUUUCCACUCCUUCACCUUUCUCCUGUCUUUUAUAGUGCUGUGUGUCACAUACCUCAAAGUGCUUAAAGUGGCAAGGUUUCACUGUAAGAGGAUCGACGUUAUUACAAUGCAAACUUUGGUGCUGCUGGUGGAUAUACACCCCAGUGUUCGCCAGCGUUGCCUGGAAGAGCAGAAGAGGCGACGACAGAGAGCGACGAGGAAGAUCAGCACCUUCAUCGGCACCUUCAUGCUCUGCUUUGCUCCCUAUGUGAUCACAAGGAUCGUGGAGUUAUUUCCAGCGGUGCCUAUCAACCCCCAUUGGGGAAUUGUCUCCAAGUGCUUAACUUACAGCAAGGCAGCCUGCGACCCCUUCGUGUACUCCCUGCUUCGACACCAGUACAAGAAGACAUGCACUGACAUCAUGAACAGGCUGCUGAAACGUAGCUCCUUGAACGCGUCGGGACGCAGGCACGACAACCAAGGCAACAGCCUACCGACGGCCGAGUGACAGGGAGCGGACUGAUGGGAUACAGUCUGAGGGUUGACCUGGCAGCUGUCAGGGAAAUAUGAAGAUUUAUUGUUGACAAAGAAGGCAACAAAUGUUAGUUGUUUCCGGUUCACAUCUGCUUGAAUUUGGUCUGACAUGCUUGAGAAAAAAAAGAAAAAAGAAAAAAGAAGAAAGUAAGUCACGACAGACAAGGGCAAACCCCUGCACAGUAAUACCACUGUGCUUGCAUACUGAGUUCCCAGAACAGCGGAUCAGUGCAGUGAACUUGUUGUGAGGACAGUAAGCAACGGCAGAUUUCACAUCCACCUGGAGAGACAGAUGUGCUCGCCCAAGAAGAACGGCCAGUACAUAGCCUCGUGAUUUUAACUAGGGUAGCUUUCAGUCUGAUAUAAAAGUCAUUUUGCAGAAUAUCUGUUUGUUUUUGAC